GUUGGCGGUUUUGAGGUGACAUGCACGCAUGAAAGUGAAAGGCGGACGAGCGAUCAACGAAAAGGCUCGCUCCAUCAGCCUAGAGCUUGGCAGCAACUUGUUUUAUCGUCCGAUUGCGGAUUCACCUCUCGUAGCUGGCGGGCUGUCUGACACGGCCCCAGCAGGAAGCUGAGCUGCCAGCCCUACCAACAUUCAGUCAAGGUCCUUAAGUCGCCCAGGCGGAAUUGAUAACCAUGGCAGGCAACGCGCAGAUCCCCAUCAUCGACAUUUCGGCUACCCAGGGUGACCAGGGGGACAUCGCCAAGCACCUCGUCGCUGCUGCUGCAGAGCACGGCUUUAUCUACAUCAAGAACACUGGCCGCGAUAUCUCUGCCGAGAAGAUACAAAAAGCUUUUGAGCUGUCAAAACUCCUCUUUGAGUCGCCGCUGGAAGAGAAGCAGCGAUGUAGCAUCCAGCAGAACAACCAGGGCUGGUCUGGCAUGCACUCUGAGACCCUUGACCCUGCCUCGCAGCGUGUCGGUGACUUUAAAGAGGCAUUCAACUUUGGGCCGUUCAAAGAUGGCAGAGCAACCCAACCCGUCCCUGCGUCGAUGGAGGCGCAUCACGCCGAGCUUGCCUCCUUCCGAGACGCAUGUCAUGAAUUGUGCCGGAAGCUCCUGUUCUUGUUUGGGGUUGGUCUAGAGGUGUCGCCCGCGGACUUUUUCACGGCUGCACACAACCCAGACGAGCCAUCGGGGUCGAUUUUGAGAUUCCUCCGUUAUCCUCCACCAAGCGAGACCCCUGACGCUCAAGCUGGCGACGUUCGAGCUGGUGCCCAUUCCGACUAUGGUUCUGUGACGUUGCUCUUCCGGAUCCCCGGUCAAGCAGGUCUCGAAAUUCUGACACCAUCAAAUACCUGGGCCCCCGUCCCUGUCACGCCUCCUGGUACCGAGAACGACCCAUCACCACCGAUCCUCGUCAACAUUGGCGACUUGCUGUCGUACUGGACCAAUGGCCUGCUUCGGAGUACUGUGCACCGAGUGUCGUUCUCGCCCGGACAGGCGGCACACGGUGAAUCGAGUGUCGACCCGCGUUAUUCCCUCGUCUUCUUCUGCCACCCAGCGCACGAUACUCCGCUAGUGUCAGUCCCGAGCGAGCGUGUCCGCAACUUCAGUGGCGUAUCGAGUCAGGCCAAGGAGGGCAACCCGUACGCGGAGCGCAAGGUCCUGACCGCAGAAGAGCAUCUUCAGAUGCGCCUCCAGGCGUCCUAUGGCGACCUGUACAAGGACAAGUCGAAGGGGGCGUGAUAAUGACAUGACAUGCUCGGCGUUGGAGGGCAAUUACGUCGUCAAGUAUACACGGGACAUGUAGGACGAAGAAUCAGACAGAUAGUAAAUGGUCGAGACCAUACUGGGUUGACCACCGCUCUGCCGACAUACACAUAUCAUACACUCAACUUACAAGUUUGGGCUUUGCUGCUCCACCCGGACAUUUUACUUCUUCUCCUGGUCCUGCUUCUCCUCCUGCUUGUGUUUCUCUUCCCUCGCCGCCAGGACCUCCGCACGCUUCUGCUUGCCGCUGUUCCGCACGUCCGAGAUGUGAUCCAUGAUCAGCCCCCAGAUCCCACCACCACCUUCCUGCAGAGCCUCCCGCUCCCGCCGCGCCCUCUUCUCCUUCCAAUCCUCCUCGGCAUCGCCCAUCCAGAUCGCCUCGAGCGAUCCUUUCCUCUCCUCCUCCUCCUCCACCCCUCCUCUUCCACCCCCUUGCUUCUUGCCCUCCCCCGCACCAGCACCGCCG